UGGCGGGUCUGAACCUCCAUUCAGCAGGAAAGAAGCUUCAACAUUCGCACCACUGGCAACAGCCGAUCCGUUGUCCCUUACUUUUACUACAUCGCUCUCCAACUAUCUCACUUCCUCCAAAUCACAAAGUCAGUACUGCAGUUCAGUUCAGUCCAAUGAUGCUAUCACCUCAUGUCGCCAUUUCAGGAGCAGGUCCAGCCGGUUUGCUCAUGGCGAUUCUGCUGUCUCAAGCGGGCGUAUUGGUGACGGUCCUGGAAAAAUCGCUGGUGGCCGAUCCUUGGACAUCCAAAUCGUACAGUAUCAAUCUCAACGAUCGAGGGCUUUCGGCAUUGGAUCAUGCCGGUGUGUUGCACCAAAUCCAAGCGGUGGGCAUGGCACGUCAUCGCGUCAUCUUGGAGUUGCCGAAUGGUCAGCAACAAAUCAUUCCCCGGAAUCCUCCCAAUUACUCACUGACGCGACCGGCAUUGGUGGAAUGUUUGGAAUCUAUUCUCGUCGCUCAGGCCGAACGAGUCACGAUACAACGAGGCGUGGGAGUCACCAAUGUGGUGGUGUGUGCUGAUCAACAGCAACAACUGCAAGUCACACUGGACAAUGGAUCGACCCUGUCUUGUACGCAUCUGAUUGGCGCCGAUGGCAAAUGGAGUGCCGUACGAAACUCGUUCGUGGAUUGGAGAGAACAAUUCACGGUGCAAGCGGAACCCGCGUUUGGCAUUGCCAUGACACCGCAGAAGAGUCCACCACGGUGGGCCAAAGAUGCCACGACGGUCUUUCGGGCUCCCCAAGGAGCCAAAUACUACAUUUUGGCAUCUCCGCUACCCAAUAAUCAGUAUUCCAUUUCGGCCAUUUGCUAUGACCAAGUUCGACAAGAUCAUCCCUGGUGUCUUCCUCGAGAAGACCAAGUGGCUAAUCUAGAAUCGUGGGAAGCCGAAUACGGUCAAGAUGACGAUGGCAACACCGAAACAACCGGAGACGACGAUCAUCAGAAGUUUGUCGAUCAACUAGGAGCCAUGCUGCAACAAGAACUGCCGCUCUUUUUCAAAGACAUUAACGGGUUGGAGACGGUCAGCACGGCACGGAGUCAUCGUCGCACGUCGUGGCUCAAACCUUUGGUGGACCAACCGCAGUAUUGCGAUUCUUCCGGUCGCGUGGCAUUGAUUGGAGAUGCCGCUCAUGCCAUGACCCCCGCCAUUGGAGAAGGGUGCAAUUGUGCGCUCGAAAGUGCCGUCUCGCUCAAAGAGCUGAUUGUGGCCAAACAAAAGGAGCAACAACCACUGACCGUAGACGAUCUCACCGAGGCAUUUCGGGAAUACGGAUCCAAACGACCAGCAGAGGUCAUGCCCAUUCAAGCCAAGUCCGCCGAGAACAAUCGGUACAAGGUACCGGAAGCAAGUUCCAGUAGGAAGUAGUAGUACCAAUACCAAUGCAAUAGAAAACUUGGUUGGCUAACUAACAACUAGGACGACGAGUCUGAAGCAAUAAAGCUAGAUUCUUCAACAACAUCUAGCGAGCAGCUACCGUAGCUCACUGGCUAGCUGCAAGCGGUCGUAUCAAAAGUUGAAUCUGGACAUAGUAUGGUACCAAUGCAAGAGAAAUAUUGGUCGGUAUCCAACUAAAGGUAGCUAAAUACUAGGGAGACACGCUAGAGCCUUCAA